CCCGCCGCCGCCUCACUGGACGGUGUCUCCCGGCGUGCAGUUCGGGUAAGGCCUCUGUGAGCAUGCGCGGUGAGGUGUUUGCGCUGCACUGCUGGUGACGUUGUCGGGUGGAACAAGACUGUGGCCUUUUCCGGGAGAGACGAGGCCUGGGAGCGGACAGGGGCCCCACCACAGGUUCCCGAGCAAGCGCCAGGGCCCCUCCGGUAUUGUCAGUUCCAAAGGGCCCCGGGGACCUCCUUCAGAAGAGCCAGGGGCCCCAGGCUUCCGGGUCCAAGUGUGUCAGUGCCUCCAGAGUUCCUCAAGGGGCCCCCAGGAGAGGGAGAGACAUCGGGAUAUCUUCCAGCAGGGCCAGGGGCCACCCCACAGUUCUUCCAAAAGUGCCAAGGGCCCCAAGGAGUUCAUAGACUGGUAUCAGGGGCCCCAAGAGUCCAUAUAUUGUUGUCAAGGGCCCCAAGGAGUUCAUAGACUGGUAUCAGGGGCCACAAGAGUCCAUAUAUUGCUGUCAAGGGCCCCAGAAGUUCAUAGACUGGUAUCAAGAGUCCAUAUAUUGCUAUGAAGGGCCCCAGAAGUUCAUAGACUGGUGUCAAGAGCCACAGAAAUUCAUAGAGUGGUGUCCGGGGCCCCAGGAGUUCAUCCACUUGUGUUUGGGUCCCUAUAGUUUGUGACCCAGCAGUGCCAUCCUGUCGGGGGCCACACAUCUCUGAAGGUUCUUCUUCAGCCUUGUCAUAGUGCCCGGGGGCCCCUUGCCAUAGGGCUCCUCAUCCAGUAGUGCCCGGGAGCCUCACAUCCCCAUUGGACUCAUCCAGCAGUGCCCCGGGGGCCACACUUCUCCAUAGGACUCUCAUCCCAACAGUUCUGGGGUCCCACAUCCCCAUUGGACUCUCAUACAGCAGUGCCUGGGGCCACAGAUCUCCAUAGAGCUCUCAUCCAGCAGUGCUCGGGACCCCACAUCUCUACAGAUCUCUCAUACAGCAGUGCUCGGGACCCCAGAUCUCUCAUACAGCAGUGCCUGGGGCCACAGAUCUCCAUAGAGCUCUCAUCCAGCAGUAGUGUUCUUGUGGUGGUCACCCCAGUAGCCCAUUGGGGCCCCCAUUCUUCAUAACUUAUAAGGACUUGUCUGCUUCCCAGGAUCUCGGAGGGGGGGUCCCGCGCUCACACAACUGAUGGUUGACCAUCACUAAGGGCUGGUGCUGUGUUUGCAGAGUCCCGGGACAUUGGGUGGCACGGGGGAGUUCAGAGAUCGAUAAGGUCGCCUACCAAAAGCCGCCAUGCUGCGCUCCAUCCAUGCAAACCGCCUGGUAGCGGUGGUGUCCGGCAGCAGCGUCCUGGUGAAGUGCCUAUGGGGGUCGGUUCUGCUCCUUUACCUCCUCUCCUUUUGGGUCAACACUUGGCGAGUCCUGGCCGUCACUCCAGGCCUCCUAUUGCCCCCCAACCUUUGGUUGUGGACCCUGUUCACGCACGGACUAGUGGAGCUGCACAUCUGGGACGUUUUGGCCAACCUUCUGUUGACUUUGGGGGCCGGCCGGCGUCUGGAACCACUUUGGGGGGCCCCGGAGCUCCUCUUGUUUUAUGGCGUUGUGAGCAUUUCUGUGGGUGUCCUGAGCUCCCUCAGUUUCCUGGUAGCCUACGCGGCCUCUUCCAAUCUCAACUUCCUCUUCAACACCCAAAUCCAUGGCUUUCCUGCCUUUGCCGGAGCCGUUUUGGUGGCACAUAAACAGACUUUUGGAGACGGACUGGUGGAUUCCCAGCGAUGGAUCCGGCUUCUGCCCCAGCUGGCCCUCUUGGGUGUGGCGGUGCUGACGUUGGCUGGUUUGAUCCCCAGUCCGAUGUUGGUGGGGUACGGCCUUGGAAUGGUAUCCGGUUGGGUGUAUCUACGCUUCUAUCAAAGACACAGCCGAGGCAGAGGAGACAUGUCAGAUCACUUCUCCUUCGCUAGCUUCUUCCCUGGACCUCUUCAGCCGGUGGCAGCUCUUCUGGGCAAGUUGACGCAUGCCUCCCUGGUGAAACUGCGGCUGUGCCCGCGAGCGGUGAAGAGAUACGAUGUUGGGGCUCCGUCAUCCAUCACCAUCAGCCUGCCUGGAACUGACCCUCAAGACGCAGAAAGGCGAAGGCAGCUGGCGUUGAAGGCUCUAAACGAGCGUCUGAAACGAGUGGAAGACCAGACCUCGUGGCCAAACAUGGAGGAAGAGGAGGAGUUGGAGGAGGAGGAAGACUCCACACAGGAGACCUCCUUUAACACCAGCAGCCAGCCACACACUCCGACGGCUCACGAGCCAAGCGAGGCGACACCCAUGGUGUAAUCGGGCCGAAAAGGAAGCGCUGUCCCGCUAUUGGCCAGCCUUGAACCUGCCCCUGUCUGUGGUGGGUGUCACCCGCUGAUCUGUGUCUUGCUGGGAUCGGAGGAGCUGCACUGUGCAUACACUACAGAUCGUACCCCUCCCCCCUACUUGUCAGUUAGCAGAUCAGGCCUCGAGUCGGGGGGGGGGGGGGGGGCCACCAGAAAGUCCAUACGGGUUCUGUCCGCCAUCUUUGUCUCUCUCAAGCUCCUCCUCCAAGGCAAGCGAUCGCUCUGUUCCUGCUUCACUUUAGCCAGGCUCGUUCCUCCGCAGAAGACAGCGCCCCCUAGAUUGGUAGCUAUUCCCCCCCCCCCCGCCCCACCUCUAACCUCAUCAUGCCGACGAAGAGCGACAGCGGGUCGAAGCUGGAAAAGCGAUUCCGAGAGCCUGGCAGCCGCGUGCCGACGGACCCCUCACCUCUUUCUCAGGGCUGCUGGUGGGACAUCAUGGGUGGGAGGAGAAAGGGGAGGGGCUGUGAACUAUGCAAGUCGAUGGGAUACAGUGAUUGGUUCCUGUUGCGGUGAGAAACGGGCGUGGGAGAGAACAAUCUUUUUUUUUGCUUUCGGAAAGGGGGAGGGGCGAUGAUUUUUCCGGGUCUGGGGGUGUAAAUGUCGAUAUUUUUCUGUCUGGAUUAAACCUUUUUUUGGAAAUGA